AUGAGCAAGUUAUCAACAGUGUCGACCGGAUCAUCCAGUUCUCGUGCGAGAGGAAUAGUGUUCGAUGUGCCAAAGAGAUGUUGGUGUGGGGAAGCAGUUGUAGCUUUUAUCUCGAAAUCUGAUCUCAAUCCUUACCGGAGAUACUACCGUUGUAGUUUUGCUACAAAAAAUAAGUGGGUCGAUGAAGCUUUGCUAAAUGAGGUAGAUGCAUUGGCUACGAAGAAUGCUAGACUUGAGCAACAGCUGAAAGAGCUUAGGAAAGAGAGGUUGGAGUUUGAGAAGAUAGAGAAGGAGGUCUUGGAGAAGGUUGAAGAUGGUUUAGGUGAAGCCAAAUCAUGA